AUGAGGUUUGAUUUGCAAACUGGAGUUACUAGAUGCAUUGCUGAAGACAUCAAGAAAAAUUCGAUGACAAUUGGAAAUUACUCAAUCGUUAAUCCAAAUGAGGGUCAACCUUUGCCCUCUGACCACACUAUCAGUGUUCAGGUAUCUACACAUGGAGGUUCGGCAAACCAUCAUUUAGCAACGCAUGUUCAGUCGGGGCAGUUUGCAUUUGUGGCACAUCAAAGUGGUGAUUACUUGGUGUGUUUCUUUGGGGAUAAAACACAUGAUUCCCAAGCAACACUCUCUAUUGAUUUUGUGUGGAAAACUGGUGUGGCAGCCAAGGAUUGGUCCAAAAUUGCAAAGAAAAGUCACAUUGAUAGAAUGCAACUAGAGGUACAGAUUUUGCAAGAAACUGCAAUGUCCAUCAAGGAGGAGAUAAGUUAUCUUCAUGAACGGUGUAGAAAUGCUAGAUUUCAAUUCAACAACCAACUCCAGAAUGUUAUGGUUGAGUUUUGUUUCAUUUCUAAUCUGCUUCUCAGUCGCUGGAUUGCAACUAUGGCACUUGAAGACAUUUUUUAA